CUGGCAAAACAACAAAACGCUUAAUCAAUAAAAACAUAAAAUUAGUGCGCGAGAAGCAUGCAGCAGGAGCAGCAACAACAAUAACAAUAAUUGGCAACAAGCAAUUUGCAAAUUAAUUGGCUCCACAAAAAAAAACCCAAAAAAAAAAACGGAAAAAUCUUCAAAAAUAUAAAGUGUCCUGCACAGUUUGCGAAAAAAAGCAACAAAAGAAAAACUGCAGUAAUAAUCGCAUAAACAUAUAGAAAGCUUAUAUAUAAAUACACACACAUAUAUACCUACAAAUAUAUCCAUAUAGUAUAGAAGGGAGUCGAGAGCGGAAAUCGGGUCAAAAUGUACAAAACGAUACGACAUGGCGAGAACAGUUUGCAAUACACGAUAUUGCCGCAGAACGAUGAUUUUCGCAUCGAAGGCAAGCAGAAUCGCCUGGCAGCGUCCUCGUCAUCCUCAGCUUCAUCCUCGGCAGCAGCGGGAGCAGGAGCAGCAUCCGCUUCAGCGUCAUCGUCGUCGUCAUCGUCGUCCGCCAAUUGCCACAAACGGAACGCUGGAGCGCCACGCAAACGUCGCACAUUCUUUGCCUAUUUGGGCUUGAUCUUUGUGUGCACCGUCAUCAUUGGCGCCGUGCUCAUACCGUUCCUUGUCUCGGCCGAGUGUUUGCCCAGUCCCACAGAAUGGUUCCUCAAAACGAAGGCAGCGUUCACGCACAGCGACAGGCAACAGCAGCAGCAACAUGGCACAGCAACCACAGUUGCAGCUGUGGCCUCCCCAUUGGGUGCUGCAAUGCUUGGCCAGAAUGUGGGUAAAUCCGUGCAGAUUGUGAAUCGCAAUGGUGUCGAGCAGUUCAUUCUGAAAGUCAACAAGACCAUGCCGAGCAACGUCAGCAACAUCUCGGCAACAACACCACCAGCAGCCGAAGCUGCUGUGGCAACAACCUCUUCGAGCACAACAACCACUACAACAUCGACAACAACAACAACAACAAGCACCACAGCAGCAACAACAACAUUGGCAACGGAACAGGCUGCUGCAGCUGCAAUGGCUGCUGUGGCAAGCACACCAGCAACGAUAACAACAGUUGCCACCGCUGCCCCACCAUCGCUGCGUCACUUGCCCGCCACAAUUACCACGCGCAUCAUUCAAGUCCCGCUGCUCAAGUCGGCGGCCAAGAAGCCCAUAAUGCCGCCCGUGCUUGCCAAGACGCAGAGCAACUCCCAGCAACAGCAGCAGCAACAACAACAACAGCAGCAGCAGCAGCAGUUGCAACAACAGCAACAACAACAGCCUACUAGCAACACGGAUGUGGCACAGAAUAAGAGCAAUAAUGCUUGGAUGAACACGCAUUGGGCAUAUAUUGAUCCAUCCACCUAUGUCCAGUGGUCGGGCUACAAGGCUGAGGAUAGCGUGCUGUUGCCCGCCCUGCUUGGAUUUGCACUUAUUGGCAUGAUUCUAAUUAUAACGGUCUGCCUCGUGGCACGCAACAAGCGCACCAUCGUCUCCUCGGUGCGCAAGCGAAAUCGUAACGAUAUCGAGGAGCAGGGUGCCGAGGAUAAUGCCACACUCCUCACAACAACAAAUCUGUCCGACGAUGAUUAAAUAGAUUAGAUAUAUACAUAUAUACUACUGCGAGUAAUUUGCAAUCUGUGCGUGUGCCCCAUAUAAUAUUUCAUUUACCAUUUCCACGCUUUUUGAUGUUGCUUUUCUCUUAUUUUUAUUUUAUUUACUAUAUGUAUUUACAUAUUUUUAUGAUAUAUACAAGACAUAUACAGGCAUCUAUAGAUAUUAUAUUAUAUAUAUAUACAUAUAUACAAAAGCUUCAUCAUAUUUAUGUGCAUGUGAGUUGAAUUAUCUCCAGCAAAUACGCAAAUAUAAGUCCCAAGAUUUGUUCCGGAAUAACAUUUUUUUUUGUCCGUCGAAAAUUAGUAUUACAAGUAAAUGUUUUGUGUAUUUGUUGGUGAUAAAUUUGCACUCUGAAGCAUAUUGUAUUAAAUAUCCGAAACUUUUUCGAAAAUGUUGUCCAAGCUAAGCUACGCGUAAACUAAAAAAGAUAACAAAAAAAAAAAACUCAAAAAAUAAGACAUUUAACGACAGUCAA